ACUGUCACUGUCAGAAUUUCACGGACAAGGACGUCUCGUCAACAACACAGAAUUCAGAAAAGAAAAUCGAGAAAACUCGACUCGCUGAAGAUUGAAGAUGAAGAAUAAAAUACUACCCUCCACUCUAAAUUACGGAACAGAAAUCUGAUUAAUUGUAUCGGUCACAGGUGGCCGGACAGACGUAUUUUUAUUUGUAAUCAUGAACUCCAAUGAGCCUAAAAUUGUGUUAGAAACUGGUUUGGAUUUGAGACAACUAUUCACAACUGGCUCAACAAUUCACAUAAACACAGAGUAUGAUGAUAUUGACAUUGAAGCAGAGGUAGAGAACAGUGAAUCAUAUUCAAAGAGAAAUGCUAGGACUGAGUAUAAAGGUGAGCCAGUGGAAUGCUUUGAAGAAUUUGCCAAACACCUUACGCAGCUUGACAAAAGUGGAUUUAUUAAGAAAAAGAUUUUGCAAGAAGGUGGAGGAUUACCAUUAGAUAAAGAAUGCACAGUUUCUGUUGCAUUUACAGGAUAUUGGGAAAAUGAAGUUGAGCCUUUUGGCUGCACUAAGCCUGAUAAGCCCAUGGUUGUAAAUUUGAAUGACAAUGACUUAUUACCUGGCAUUCAAAUGGCUAUAGAAUCUAUGUUGGUUGGUGAAUUGUCAGUAUUUUUGAUUUCCUAUCGAGUGAUGUAUGGAGAAAUGGGGGCCCCACCCCGUAUUAAAGCUAAAGCAGAUUGUGUAUUUUUUAUUCAGUUAAUAAAAAGCAUUAUUACACCUAAAGAUGGGGAAAUAGAUUUUGCUGAACCAAAUGUUUUCCAAAGAGUUCACCAUAAAGUGAAAUUGUUAUUCAGUUCAGGUGUGACCUUACAUAAAUCGAAAAACUAUCCUACUGCAAUUCAGUUGUUUAAAAAAGGAAUUAACAUGCUUCAUAGAUGUAGACUAGCUGAUGAGAAAGAAGAAAACAUACAAAUUAAACUAUUGAGAAAGAUGUAUAUCAAUUUAGCAAUAAGCUACAAUGAAACUAAACAACCUUUGAAGGCUUGCACAGCAUGUAAUGAACUCAAUAGGUUAGAUAGUUUGUGGAAUAAUCCAAAAGCUCUCUUCCAGAAUGCUAAAGCUCUUAGAAUGAUUGGCCAGUUUGAGGAUGCUCAAAAAAGAUUAAAUAGGGCUUUAAAACUGAGUCCAGAUGAGAAAAAGGCAGAAAUAUUGGGGGAAAUAGCAUUGGUUAACAGAUUGAAAAAUUCCUGCAAUCAGUCUCUGCUGGUAGAAACCCAAAUGCCAAAUACAUUAAAUGAUAAAUUCAAAACUGAAGUAGAUGCUUUAUUACAUAGUUUUAAAGAAAAUGUUAGUCUUUGUAAUCUGACUUUGCCAGGAAAUUUAAAUGCAGCUGAAAUGGAUUAUAUAAAGGAAGCUUGUGUUAGGGAAAAUUUGUUUUGUUACAGAAACGAAGCAGAUUAUAUACUAGACAGAGAUCCAAUAGAAUCAAAAGCAGAACUAUUGUCUACUUAAAUAUCUGAUUACUAUUUUUUUAUAGUUUUUUGUACAUUGAUUGAUUAAUAAAAAAAGUAUAAGGUUA